AUGUCUAACGGGGACACUCACGUCGCUGCGCAGACAGUCACGCCUUUACGCGUAUCCGCCAAACACAACUCCAGUGGUCGCGGAAACGGUCUCGGCCGGUCCUCAGCAUCUGUCGCGGGCCAGCGUGAUAGUCUCCAGGACCCCGGAAACACGUCCGGCGGUACGAAGCGCGCCACCCGCCGCAUUCCGGAUCCUCCUCUCGCUGAAGUACGCGAAGGAUAUAUGGACCACGGCAAGAACUGCACCCAGGUCGUCAACCUUUACGACCUUUACGAGGCGAAAGGUCUGCGCCGUGUCGAACAUGUCGACAUGGGUCCCAGCAAGAUCAUCGCGAUCUCCGAGCGAUUUAGGGAAGCGCUGAACAUGUCGGAGGGUGGAAAGAAGCAUGGAAGACCUGUAGAGAACGAGAUUAGUAAAGCCUGGGUCGAGCUCGAUGGCGACCAUACCCUUUUCCCCAAACACACCUUCCGCCUUUCUGAGAACAAGCCAGAUCGCAACGACGCUACCAAGUCCAAAGUCGACGGUGGUUUCUUCCGCGUCGAAGACGCGCCACUUCUGAACGACGAGGUUCCGAACUGGGAGUACCAGCGCGUCACCGUCGAGUUCAAGCGCGGCGGCACCGACCUCGACCCGUUCGACGAUGGCGAGGUCGCUGAACCUGCAGCGCGCUCGCGCACUGCCGUCCGUGGUCAGCUCUACUCGUACAGCAAGAACAUCCGACACUUUCAGCACCGUGACUUCCACUACAUGCUCUUUGUGAACGGCUCCAAGUUCCGUCUCUUGCACUGGGACCCUUCCGGUCUCAUGGUGAGCAACGCCGUCGAGUACGCUGAGACUGUUGAAGACACCAAGAUCCUUCUCGCCGUUCUGCAAAGCCUCAGCGAGCUGUCGGACGACGCCAUGGGUCUCGAUCGCUCCACUCGCCGCCUCUCCCCAGAUUCGUGCGGCUGGAAACGUAUGAGUCAACUCGCGGACACCAAAUUACUUGCCUCCGACACUGACGAACGCAAGAUGGACCCGACCCCCGACCCCGACGGUUCGCAGAUCCCCCUUCACUUCCGCGACGCCCGGACCGACUGCCCGGCUUUCGUCAAAGGCGGUACUCACCCCAGCCCGCACGCACCGGAGUCGCGCACGGCCUCCGAGGUCUGGGAGGGUCUGACACGCUGCACCUUUCGCUACAUCCGCAAAGGGUUCGCGGAGUCUCUGGAGAAGGACGCCGCUCGCUACGUGCUCAUGGUUGAGGGCAAGUACUACCUCGUCGGCAAGGCCUUCUUCUGCGGGUCCGACGGGCCCAUCGGACGCGGGACACGAUGCUGGAUCGCUCUGGAGUGGCACACGCAGCGCUUCGUCUUCGUGAAGGACUCCUGGCAACCGCACUAUGACGGCGUCGACCCGGAAGACGUGACGAUCAAGAAGCUCAACAUGGCGAAGGUGCAACGGGUCCCUACGCUCAUCGCAUCCGAGCACUUCAAGGUCACUCACUUUUCCUCCGUCGCCGGCGUCACCAAGCCCGCCCCCAACCCCGAGCCGACGACGGCGCCUUCUCGGAAGCUGCGCUCUUCCCAGCCUACGGCUGGGCAACUUGCCGAGGCUGCGAACCGACCUCAUGAGUGGGCCAAUCUGCCUUCCUCCCGCGCUUCAGCUACCGCAUCGGCCACCGGCGGAGCAGAUCCCUCGGGCUCCGAGCAGCCCGCGCCGGAUACCGCGAGCAAUGCCCCUCAAGGACUGCGACAUCUUCGACACAUCCGCAUGGUCGUCGAAGAGGUCUGCCUCCCGCUGUGCGAGAUCCCGUCUGGGUUCGUGCUCGUCCGUGCAAUAUACAACGCCAUGGCAGGCAAGUUCGUCCAUUGCUUGCAGCUCAGCGAUGACGCUGACGUAUUCACAGCGCAUCGUGGUGCACACAGGAAGUGCGAGGAUCUGCUCCAUCGCGAUAUAAGCGCCGGCAAUAUCCUCCUUCUACCGGUGUACUUCCACGACAGUGUGAAGAAGACUACCAAAAUCGAGUGGUUUGGGAUCUUGACGGAUUGGGAGAUGGCCAAGAGAGCUGGCAUCAAAGUGGCCAGGCAGCCGCUCAGGACCGGAACUUGGGCUUACAUGUCCUCCCUGUGCCAGAAGGACGCGACCAGGCCGAUCGGGAUCGACGACGAGCUCGAGUCCUUCUUGCAUGUACUCCUCUUCGAGGGCGCUCUCUUCCUGUGCCACAACUGGGAAGGGCCCGUUGUCGAGGCGUUCGUCAACGAUUACUUCGACGGCGAUAUCCCCGGUGCCUCUGGAGGGCGAACGUGCAGCUUCUCGCGCAACCUCUGUCUGUCGAAGGGCAUUAUCACCGUGGGAUCAGGGCCCAACCUGGCGUUCCACUCUCUCGGUGAAGAUGGGAAAGAGAUUCACCAACACCCGCUCAACGAGCUCCUCAAAUGGCUCCUUCGGCUAUUCCAGGCGCGCUUCCUCGUCGACGAAUGGGACAAGCGUCCUGCCACCGUCACAGAGCCCACAGAGAACCCUUUGGCAACCUCCACUGGAAACACCGGCAUUGUCGACGACUCUGAUGACGAGGACGACGCCGGCAACGCUACCGACACUCAACUUCAGGAUCCCGACGAUGCGGGGGGGCCCACGCCAUUCAUGUACGGCGCAACGGAGCUUCUCAAGUCGCACAAGACAGUGCUAGCCAAGUUCAAAGAACAGGCAUUUCCCGGAGCCGGUGUCCCACACCACUCCAAGGCUAAGCGCUCCGCACCGGCCGACUUUGAAGGAGCAGCGAGGUCGUCGAAGGCGUCGAAGGUUUCGCAGGGGAGUCAGAAUGCCGGUUCCAGUAGUUUGAGCUAG